GCCCAAGGUUGCAAAGCCAGAAAAAGACAGAAUGGCGCCAAUGGCUACUGAGCUGGCGACUUUGCGCGCCCUGACGUUCCGCAUUUCGUCUACCACCACGUCGCAGCUUCCUCAACACGUGCCUGCCAUAGCUGCUUCCCUGGCUAGCUGCAGGACACUGCUUUCUUCCGCUCAGGCCUCCACCUCCAAGAAUGCAUCCGAAGCCUCGGUGGCAGUCCACAAGUUCCGAACGCUCCUAUCUACGCUGCUCCAGGAUCGGACCAUCCAAGGAAGAUGGGCUGCCAUUGUCCUCAUCAAAUCCACCAUCGAGAUUGGAGGCUGGGAAACCCUUCAAAAGAGCUUGCCAUGGGUACGCGGACUCCUGGGAAUCCUGACCAAGCCGGACCCGUACUCUUCCAAGCAGUUGUGCAUCAUCACCCUGACGCGUAUUUUCUUUCUCACGCGAGAAUAUCCUUCGCUCGUCCGCGAGAUCACCACGCCCUCGUUGUCACCAUUCAUACAGUCGUCCCUCCAAGUUGCAGCAUCGAAAAGCUCGCCAGCCCUUCUAGAGACCAUCCUUGAAAGCUUCAAUCAGCUGCUUCCACGACACCCAACUACGUUCCGGACCCACCUCAAGCACAUCCACCAGCUUCUUAGUCAAACAGUCGCUCCAACCCCGUCCAGUAAGCUUAGCCGAGAGCAGACAGUAGGAGCCAGGCCCGACGUCACGCCAGCCGUUUCUGAUGCUGCUCGGCGUCUUUACACGCAAUUGCCAUGCAGCGCGCCGAAGGGUGCCGCAGCUGACGAAUGGCAAAAGAACUUCAAGAAGGCCAUCGAGAAUGCGCAUUCUCUUGGAGACAAGGUUUUCCGAGCGGUGGUGGAAGAUUGGAAGUCAUCGGAACGUGAGCCCGCGGCGGUGAAUGGACACACUCUAGACGAUGAGGUUCAAGAUCUGAAUGCCGAUCUCAUGUCUCUACCGCCUUGGGCAGGCAUAUUCGCGGGUGGUGAACGAUUGCUCGGUCUUCUCAGCUUGAUCAAGACCUACAUUCUCUGUCCAACUACCAUGCCAGUCAAUCUGCCCAUCGGAACAGUGGUGGACCUGCUCACUAGGUUGCUUUCGCUUACGAUAUCGUCAGCAAAGGGCCAAGGAUUCCAAAAUGCUCUUAAGUUGAACAAUCAAGUCAGCAAGGAGGAGCGCGAAAACCUUUGGCUCAUACUUCCUGAGAUCCAUGUGGCUGCCAUUGAUCUACUCCUGGCUCUGACGCAACGAAGCGACGCUAGCACUACCGCGAUCGAUGCUGCGAUGCUCGAUCAGAUCGUUUGGGUGUUUGCGUCCGAGAAAGACUCCUCUGAGAUUCGCACGGCUUGCUAUCUAGCUGUCGCCGAACUACUGCUGCGGUCGGGCAUUGCCCUCCCAAAGUCUUCGAUUGACCCGCUGGUUGAUAUGAUUCGUCGAUGCUGCGACGACAUCCUCCCGCUGGAUACGAAUGGCACUCAGCAAAAACAAUCUUCAGCGCCAAAGACAAACGGAGCGCCGCAAGCCACCACAAACGCUGACGCAUUUUUGAAGGCCCCGAAGGCUACGAAUGUGUCGUGCAAUUUUAUCGGACUACAAACCGCCGCUCGUGCCCUACUGCCGGUUCUAUUCACUUACGUUCGGCCACAGUAUCUAUCGGACUCUCUCAGGGCUCGUCUAGAUCGUACCGCUAUCCUUGUGCGAGACAAGGAUGCGAUGAUUGCCAGCGUGCUGAACCCACCUCCCAGCAGGAAAUUUGGAAAGCCAGCCGCGAGCAUUCUGCCAUUCCUGGCUCGAAACCAACCCGGCGAGCAAGACGUGGAGGCUCUAUUGAGACCUCGGAUGCCAGUCAUACGCACAGGCACGCAUGAACUUGAAGAAGGUGCUGAAGAGGAUGAAGAGGCAGAGAUGUCAGAGGAAGCUGGAGGUGACGACGAGUUUGUGGGAAAUGAGCUGGACUCCUUGUUAGGAACAGCGCCCACGGCAGACGUUAGAGACGACGUUCCCAUGGCAGAGGAAAUUGACAUACCCGCGACCGCCCCUGCUCCACUCAUGUCAAACGAUCGUCCGGCAAGCACUCUCGAAGGCGGAAACGCGAUUGGCAAACGACCCCAGGAAGAUUCAUCUUCUCUCUCCCCACCGAAGCGUGUGAAGGUGAGCGAGGAACAAGAGCAUCUGAAUAUUACAACCCUACCCGUACAGACUUCACCGGUGCUACCAACCAAAAUCGUGGCACCAAAGCUGGAGGCACCUGCAGUCGUGCCAGACCUGCCGGCCACCUCUCAAAAUAUGGCUUCUCCCACAGUCACCACGCUGGCAGCGCCAUCAGCGCAAGGAGACAGUGACGACGACGAUGACAAAAUAUCGCUAGUUUUGGGGCAGGACACAGAUUCGGAGUCUGAAUAGACGACCGAGUUAGGUAGAAUCCCUUCAAUACUAUUGUCUCUAGCGCACAAUAGGUGAAUAGGCACGGACCCUGGUACGGUGAAUGCACGGGCCCAGUGAAGCCUACGUACCUGCCCACACCUCGCGCCUAGCUCUUCCGCCGCAAAUAAAUAUC